GUCUGAUCAUCCAAAUACGGCAGAUUCUUGGCGAAACUUGCUUUUCAGCUCGUUGCAAUACCGAUUAGAACGUUGCGUUGUUCGGCUUCAAAAAAAGGAAGAGCGUGAUACUUUUAUUUUGAAGUCCAACAACCGGAAACAUGAGGUGUGUUUUUCCCCGCAACUUGACUUCCUGGUCAAAAGUCGCAAAUGUUUGUUUGGCUUUUACAGCGGAACGACACAGGUACGCGACGUAAACUUCAUUUCACCGCCUUAUUAGUAUCAACGGGAGCGAAAAGUUCCAUUUUGUACUGUUUUUGCUUUCGGAUCUUUCGUCCAGCUGCGACGAAGUCUCAUUUCCCUGAUGCAAUCGUCGGCCUGACGGGUUUUUUCUUGACCGAUGCGAAGUUGUUAAUAUCAACAUUCCAUGACAAGAGUAACAUGCUUUCAGUCUGUCCUUGUUGGGUUUUAGGAGCGCUUGUUGAUGAGAUUCUGGUUGGAGAUUCGGUUCUAUCCUCCUUUUCAAUGUUGUCGAGCGAUUGCAGGAGUUCCUGCCGCGGUUGCCGUGCGAUGGAAUUGCUGCGGGUGGCAGUGAUCGGCGCGGGGGCGGCGGGACUUUGCGCGGCCCGACACGUUCUGUCCAGACCGGAACGCUUCGCCCCUCCUGUCGUCUUUGAGCUCACCGCCGACGUGGGGGGAACUUGGCGCUACCAGGAGCGGGUCGGACCGGACGUACGAUGCAGCAUGUAUAAAAACCUCAGGACCAACCUUCCCAAAGAGGUGAUGAUGUUCCCGGACUUUCCGUUCGACCCGCAGCUCAACAGCUUCCUGUCGCAUCAGGAUGUGCGGCGCUACCUGGAGGACUACUGUCGACGGUACCGCAUCCGCCCCCACAUCAAGUUCCGCAGCGCAGUGGAAGAGGUGAAGCCCGUCGCGAUGACAACGGAGGACGCCGAGAACGGGACACGGACCACCUGGGAGGUGACGGCGUGCGACGCCUCGGGAUGCCGGACCACCGCCACCUUCGACGCGGUCUUUGUGUGUUCCGGGCAUUACUCGGAGCCCAACGUCCCCAGCGUGCCGGGCCUUGAGAACUUCAAAGGACGGGUUCUCCACAGUCACUCGUACAGGAGCGCCGAAGCCUUCUCGUCUCGCUCGGUGGUGGUCUUGGGAGCCAAAGCGUCGGGCGUAGACAUUUCCUUGGAGCUCGCCAAAGCGGGCGCCCAGGUGACGCUGAGUCACCGCGGUCCCCCUUUGGCGGCCGCUCUUCCGGAUGGGAUCCGCCAGUCGAGUCCGCCGGUGGCCGUCCAGGACGAUGGCAGAAUUUGCUUUCAGGACGGCUCGGUGCGCGCCGCCGACGUGCUGCUCUUUUGCACGGGCUACAACUUCAGCUUUCCUUUCCUGGACGGCGGCCGGCUGGGCUUGGAGCUGGAGGAGCAGCUGGUGGCGCCGCUCUACCGCUUCAUGAUGCCGCCCGCCUUUCCCUCGCUCGUCUUCAUCGGGCUCUGCAAGAGCAUUUGCCCCUUCGCCAACUUCCAUUGCCAGGUCCAGUUCGCGCUUGGCGCUCUGGCCGGCUCGCCGGCGCUGCCGUCGCGAGCCCAGAUGGCGGCGGAGGCGCGGCUCGCGCUGCAGAAGAAGGUAGACGGCGGUGCGGCGCGGCGCCACCUGCUGGUGAUGGGCGGGGACCAGUGGGAGUACCUCGCCGAGCUGGCCGCCGACGCCGGCUUCUCGCCGCCGUCUCCGGUCGUGCGCAGCCUCUACGAGGAAGUGUGGCGGCAGCGGGAGCUUCAGCCCGACGGCUACCGCGAGCUGAAUUACAGGCUUCUUAGUGACACCCAGUGGCAGGUGGUGGACACUGCAUAAAGCCCCGUUGCCUCGUCCCGUGCUGCGUUCCUUACCUUGAUUUUCAUUUGUUGUUCUGAUUAAAA